AUGUUCACAGAUUUGUCGGUAUACUUAGUAGUAUCAAUAUUCUGUGUGCUAGCCAUAGCUUUAUUUCUAUUAGGGUUUCUAGGAACAAACUUUUCAAUAAAGUAAGAGGAAGAUUACUAGAAUUUGAUUUUAGAUUAUGGGAAUCUGUAUGACGAAUAGGAAAUUGAUGAAUAGAAUUGGAAAUAAGAACUGCCUGCUUAUAUUGCCACAUAUUUAUAAACCAUCGAGAUCAGUUAUAAGGAGUUGUACCUCAACCAGCUAAUCAUAACAAUAAUAACAUCUGCAGGCUUCUUGUUGAUAAUAGCUUCUUGGCUAACACCCUCGGGAACAUUUUGGGGUUUCUUUAUCAGUUUUUUGUGGGGCACCAUAAUAACAUGCAUAAUUGCCUAUUUGAUUAUUGCAGUUAAAAUAGGUACAUUACUAAAAAUUCCAAUUAAGGCCAGCAUUGGGAAGGAAGACGUCUUAAAAUGGAUAUACGGAAACGGAUUCUUUUCAGCAUUAUUUAUAGGCGGAGUCAUAACCUUGAAUUCCUUAUUCAUAGUAUUGAUAAUGAAGGCAAUGUCAGUUCAUUCAACUAAACCUGAGAAUUAUGCAAUUAUGGUGAGUGGAUUUCCAUUGGGGAUGCUGAUAUCUGGCAUAUAUUUCAGAGAAGGCAUGUCAGUCACAGGCAGAGGAAUUCAAGCAGCUUGCGAUUUGAUGAUUAAGAAAGAGUAAUAUUUUGGCGAUAUUGGAAACAACCUCUCUUACACAACCAAAAUAGCAGCAGGCAUGUCUUCCUUAAUAGCUGAAGUCAACUUCUUCGAUUCCAUGUUGGUAAUAUCCUUAUUUGUUUCAAUGCCAUCAAUCAUAUUAGUAAACUCAGUGGAUUAUCAUUACUCCGAUAAUUUUAUUGGCAAAAUCUUUGGAAUCUAAUUAGUAUUCAUUCUGAGUUGGGUUGGCCAAUUAUUAAUAUCAUUCUUAAGUCAUAUCCUCAAAAACGACGAUGCAGUUGCCUUUACUGCCAAUAAUGUAAGAUGCCAGAUCUUGAUGUCAAUAUUUUUGAGUCUAUGUUUUGUUGUCUUUUCCUUACUGUCUCUGCCCAAGGAAUUUGAAUUUGGAGACAAAGAUCAUGCUUAAAUCUACAGAGAAAAGGUCCUCAGUCGAGAUUUUAUGGGAUGUGGAUUUAUUGGAAUUGUUGUCUCAGCCAUUCUGAUCAUCUAUUAUGAAUACUUAACCAGUCAUGGCUAUUCAGUGGCCCAGAAGGUAGCACUAGUUUCAUACAAAGCUCCUACUCUUAACAUCAUCUAAGCUUACUCCAUAGGACACAUUGGUUAAAUAGUACCUUCCCUUUUGAUUGCUUUAUCCCUAUUCAUUUCCUAUAAACUUGCAUCCUUGGUUGGAAUUCUUGGAUUGUUUUUGGGAUACAUUUUGAACAUCUACAUUCUGAUGGGAAUAGCUAUGUUGGGUGUUCUAUCAGGUGAUGGACUCAAACUAUCAUUUCUUGCCUAAUUUGCUAACAACAUCAAAGAUCGAUUACACUCCAUUACUUGGGCAGCUAAAAAUUACAUUGUUUGGUUAAAAAUUACCAAUGCUGGAGCUCUCAUCAUUGCAGCCAUCCUAAUCAUUGGAACUGCUAUAUUUUUUAGUAAGACCUUUAUUUUGUUACUGAAUGGGUACAAUCUCUUUGGUUUCUUGAUUGGAUUCGGAUUAGCCUAUUACAACAAAGGACUUACUAUCUUUAUAGUCAAGACCAUUUGCGAAGAAGCACUCUAUGAUGAAAAAUCCUUCCAAUUGAGAAAAAACAAACCAGACGAAGAAGUAGCACUUGAAAACUUUUCAUAUACUUAUUUCCCAUUAAAAAACAGACAAGGAAAUUACUAUGUGCUUGUCAAUCUAUUAUCAUGUACUCUUGCAGUUUUGUUUACUGGAAUCAUUUUUGGUCAUGGAGCCUCUAUUUCAUUGGCCAUUUCUAACUUAUUCAUAAAUGCUAUUAUGAUGUUCCAAUCCAUCUUAACUGGAACAGUUUUGAAAAAUGCUUUCAUCUACAACUCAUAUGACUAAUAACAAUAAGAGACUUCAUAAGUCUUGAGUGUCAAUCUGUACGGUGACAUUCAGGGACAAACCAUUGAAGAAAGUUAAAACAUCUAAAACCCAUAUUACAUGAUCUACACCAUGUUAAUAACUUUAGUAGGCAUAGAAUUGUUCAAGCAUGAUUAUUGA